CAAAGACAAAAUUCAUCCCCCAUUUCCUCCAACGGCUCCUUGACCUCCCCAUUCUUGRCCCUGGCCCCGAAUGAACCCACCUGUGCACUGCAAAGGGCGGUCACACGAUGCCACCAGGCUCCUGCGACCCCCGCCAGCUCCCCACAUUUAGAGAUCGGCUGCAAAAAGCGGCUCUGGGGGCUUGGUGGGGCUGCCCAGUAUCUCCCGUGCCARUGGUUCCAUGAAAGGCGUUGCCCAGUCCCUGGGUCUCACUUUUCCUGCUCAGCAGGACGCCCUUAUCAGCUGCUCUUGAUAGGGAUGAGCUCCAGCAGCCUCCGCAGUGUUUUUGCUUCCGAGAGCUGUGGGCCCUGAGCCAGCUGGGGCCUGUGGCCGGCUGGGGGGGCAGGAAGAACUGGACCUUGGAACGCAAAAGGCUGCUGCUCCCCGGGACCGCGGAAAGGCCAUGGGGGCUGYCGGCAUCGCGGGCUGGCYGCUGCUGCUGCURYUGCUGCUGCUGCCAGCGCCCCGGGUGACAGGUGCCCGACCCUGCAUCCGCAAGGAUUUUGGGCACGGCUCGCAGGUCUGCGUCUGCAACGCCACGUACUGUGACACGCUGGACCCCCUGGUCCUGCCGGCCGUCGGCUCCUAUGUCAAAUAYGAGAGCAGCAAGGCCGGCAAGCGGCUGGAGMGGAGCGAGGGGCGAUUCCAGAGCAGCCUGCACAGCCCAGGGCUGCUGCUGACGCUCAACAUCUCCGCGAUGUACCAGCGCGUCAAGGGCUUYGGCGGGUCCCUGUCGGACGCCGCUGCCAUGAACAUCCUGAAGCUGUCACGGCCGGCCCAGGACAACCUGCUGCGCUCCUACUUCUCCGAGUGCGGGAUCGAGUACAACCUCGUCCGCGUCCCCAUGGCUUGCAGCGACUUCUCCGUGCGCCCCUACAGCUACGAUGACAUGCCCCAAGACUAYGAGCUGAAGCACUUCAGGCUGGCGGACGAGGACACGAAGAUGAAGAUCCCCCUCCUGCGCCGAGCUUUGGCCAUGAGCAAGCGGCCGCUGUGCCUGUUCGCCAGCCCCUGGACGGCCCCAGCCUGGAUGAGGAGUAACGGGGAUGUCCGAGGGAAGGGGACGCUGAAGGGGAAGGCGGGGGACAAGUACCACAAGACCUGGGCCAACUACUUCAUCAAGUUCCUGGACGAAUACGCCAAACACAACGUGACCUUCUGGGCGGUGACGGCKCAGAACGAGCCGCUGGCGGGGCUCUUCACCCCUCCCCAGGCCCCCACCAUCGCCUUCACGGCCGAACAGCAGCGCGAUUUCAUCGUCCAGGACCUGGGCCCCGCKCUGGCCCGCAGCCCGCACCGCACACAGCUCCUGAUGCUCGACGACCAGCGCAUCUACCUCCCGCACUGGGCCAAAGUGGUGCUGGGAAAUGCCACAGCUGCCCGCUACGUGGCCGGCCUGGCGGUCCACUGGUACCUGGAUGCCAUCGUGCCACCCGGCUGCAGCCUGGAGGCCACGCACAAGCUCUUCCCUGACCAUUUCCUCCUCUACACCGAGGCGUGCACCGGUUUCUUCAUGUUCCGCUUCGCCGUGUCCCUGGGCUGCUGGGAGCGAGGGGAUCACUACAGCUACAGCAUCCUGACGGUCAUGAAUCACUUCGUGUCCGGUUGGACCGACUGGAACCUGGUCCUGGACCUGGAGGGAGGCCCCAACUGGGUCAAGAAUUUCGUGGACAGCCCGGUUAUCGUAGACGGCAGCAAGGAUGUUUUCUACAAGCAGCCCAUGUUUUACCACAUGGGGCACUUCAGCGGGUGGGGCUGCACAGCAGCCGCCGCUGCCUUUUCUGCAAGCUGGAGCACGUGGCCGUCGUGCGCCCCGACGGUGCCCUCGUCCUGGUGGUCCUCAACAGGUCUGGCCGGGAUGUGCCGUUUGGAAUCCGGGACCCUGCCGUGGGCUUCAUCGACACCGUGGCUCCGGCCCAYUCCAUCCAGACCUACCUGUGGCGCCAGCAGUGAUGGCCAGGGCAGCGCUGGGGGGCUCCGGGGGUCUCUCAGCUCUUCCCCCAACCUUUCCAGCAUCCCUCAAGGUGGGAAGCAGACGCUGACCCAGCGCUGGGGGUCCAGCCCCGCCACGGAGGGCUCCGUGCGCUCCUGGCACCGGUCCCUGUCCGGGGCUGCCCCUUCCCAUCCUCACCUCCCUCCCAGCCCUUCYCAUCCCCAUCCCCCUGGAAGCUCCCGGGCCGCGCUUCCACACGUGGCCCCCUCGAAACUUUCGCGUGUGUGGCGAGCGCCAAGUAAAGCCAUGACGCGCUCCCUCCGGAAUGCGCCGCUCCCGUCAGCGUUUCCUCUACGCGCUCGGAAAUCUCUCGGUUUUCCUCGGCGGGGCGGCGUGGGGCCAGGGCUGCCCCGGGGGCUCCGGCCCCCGUGGCCUGCGGGUGUCUCCUUGUUUAUCCCUGCAGCUGGAGCCUCGGCCGCUGCCAGCCCUUGAUUCGUUCCAGACGCGCUGUUGGUUUUUCCCCCCAGCCUACUUUGCGGGGCAAUUUAUUUUUUCUUUUUUUAAAAAAAUCCAAAUGUCAGAUGCUGUCGGAAAGGCCGGGUAAAUGAUAUCAGUGUACCCGUC